AUGGAAACGCAGGUAUUCAACCAGCUCGUAACCCUUUUGUCGUCCUCAAAGGCACGAGACCGAAGCGAUGGGCUAGAAUUGUUGGAACAGGUGGGUUCAGCUGAACUCAGUUCUCGUCAAUUUGGGUCGAUUUCCAGUGCUCUUUUAGACUUGAUCAAAAUCGAAAAAAAGGCUUUUUUGACAAAUCCAACGCGGGCAACCGAGGAUAGACUCAUCUCCGCAAUCCACAGUCUUCGUGCCACUAUAAUACUCAGUCUUUCAAGCGCAAAAGUUGUUCGUGUGAAGCACUAUACCAAUUUAGUUAAUGGAAUAGUUGUGCUAUUUAAUGGAUCAGAAAAUGCCGUUUUUGCUCCUGCGAGCCUCCAUCUAGCACGAAUUGUUUCCAUUUUGCUCAAACAGUGUUUUAUAAAGGAUCAUCUUCUGAAAAGUGAUUGGAUAUCGGUGUACAACCAUCUACUUCUCACCUUGGAAAAUACAAUGGAACAAAAAGGAAGCUCGUUAUUAUUAGCCGAAGCGUGCCAAUCCAUAUCCCACUUGAUAUACGCUAGUAGCGACCAAGAAGUUUGCGUGUCGUACCUUUUCCAUGAUAAAGUAUAUCUUCGUUUGUUCAAACUGCUUUGGCAACUUUCCAAUUUUGGGUCAGAAGAGUUACUAGCGAUCCUGGUGCUUCAAAUCGUAACGAAACUGAUCAUCAUGUUGUCAACGGAAAACACAGCAUUUGUCACCGAUCUCAUUCAUAUCGGAUUACAAGUUAUUGCGUCUCACAUUGAUAUUUCCACACAUGAACUUCAACUCCAAAUUUGCAUCUUUUUAAAUGUUGAAGCUGUCCAUAUGUACACUUCAUCUUCCAAUACUCAAUUGCACAGCUCAAAAGUUUCGAGUAGCUAUGUCGUUGGUUCCUUGAUUCGCCAAUUAAUACCCAAGCUGAGCGGGUAUGAUUACUUACUACAAGCAGAAGAUAUCGGUCUGAAUUUACCCCAACGGUCCAACAGGUUUUUUUCAACCAAUUCGUUCUACUUGAAAGAUGUGGCACAUGAUAUCAAACCUUGGUUGUUUACUAGAGGUGUGGCUCUCCUAACGAGAACAUACUUUUCAAUGACAAAGAAUUAUGUCGUUACGCCUCUUCCCGAGACUCAGGAUUUCAAAAGACGUAAAACUUCUGUGAACAACCUGCUUUAUCAAUCGUCAACCGCAAUCGAGUACUACAUUAAGCUCGCUGACGAUCCAGAUCCUAAGGUGCUGCGAACUGCCCUACUCGUAUUGGCUUUUUUUAUUGAUACUGAAGCGCAAGCCAAUCGAGUAGACGUAACAAAAUGCAUAACGGUUGCUUUAAGCUCACUUAAAACCACUUAUCUACGCGGGAACUCCUUCCUUGUCAUUAAGGCAACCCUAGCCUACAUGUUUUUACACCGAGCUCACCUGCUCUCAUCAAUGAUGUUCAACCAAAUACUAAAAAUCACCAUUACACUGGUCAAGGACGAAUCAACAUCAGAUAUAUGCUCUGAGAUCAUAUACCUCUUAUCGUGCACAAACUUGCUGUCUGUCAAGUUGGAUCCAAAUAGCGUCAAUCUCAUUAAGAGUCUCCUAGAUUCGUCAGGAGUCAAUGGACCAAUCCAGCUAUCAAUUUCGUCAUUCAGAUUCUGGUACGGGCUUGAAAGAAUUGCGUCCACCUUUGGCCAUGAGUCAGUUAUGAUAUUGAGCACAAGCAUCCAAGCCUGGCUCUUCGAAAGAUGGGAGAGCUUCCGUGAAAUUGUUACAAACGACGCUGUUGAAACCGCUAAUUUUGUAGCAUGGAUUUGCGGCUCGGAUAUUGGUAACUUGGUACACAAGAAGCUCCAUGACCAAGUUGAAGCGUUACAAGGGUUGCAACACUUGCAAAUUCAGCAUUUAGAAUUUGCAGUUCGUAUUCAUCAUGUCUCCAAAGAUGAGAAAUCUUCAAAUUCUCCUAUAUAUACCAACCAGGCUAUCAGAAGUGGUGAUACUGAGGAGCUAAUAUCUCGCUUGAUUUCUACUGAAUCAUUUGCAAAUUUUGAAUCCAAGGUUCUGUGGCACAUUUUCUUGGUGCACCUUUUAUUAGGUUUAAAGAGGACAGCAAUUGAUAGUGCUCUAAAAACGUCCCUAUUUUACAGCUCAAAGUCGUUGCUAUCAAGCGAUGUUAUCACUCUACCAGAUUUUGAUGCAAUCAAGGCAGUCACUUUCAACUUGAGGUCCUCAAUUGCAUGCCUGAAAGAACUUCAACUUGAAGAUUUGUUGAAAUUGGUAUCCAUAAAGGAUUGUGACAAGGUCGUGAAAGUUGUCAGGAAACCAGACGGACUAGGGCGUCGAAAUGAAGUGCCCAAAAUACUUGAUAAUCUGGUUCAAAAAAUCGAAGUACUAGUAGAACUUCUAGUACUCUCGAAAACUAAUGGCGACACCUCUCAUUUCUCUCGCUGUAUUCAUCUUCUCGAGACUUUAAGUGAUCCUGAUUUUGCUGUCGGUAUUCUCCAAUUCCUUCGGUUGGCCGAAAACCUUCCGUUAGAGGAAAUUUCCAUUCUGACAGCGUCUCGCAUUGUACGUUGUAUUGGCGAAAGACUACUCGCCAACGAAAAAUAUGAGAGAUGCGAGUCGACAUUUGUGACCGUUGCUUUGGCAAUACAGUUCCUUCUCCCUCUUUUCUCAUUGAAUCUCAAUUCUGAUCUAGGAAAAGACUGUCAGGAUAUCUGUUUGUGGUAUGUGAAAUGCUUCAAGAUGGGGCUCAUUCAAACGGAAAACUCUACGUUGCAAUUCUUCAAGUUUGUUGAGAGCAUGAUCUUGGAGGGAGAAGGAAAGAUUUGGUCAAAUGAAGAGCUCGUACAAUUACUACUUGAGGGCCUCGCAACAGCACCGAAUAAUAUCACUUUCCACAUUUCCAAUUCUAUCUGCAACCUUGUACUGCAAAGGGGACAGUUGAUUUCUUACGAGAGCAUAAUCAAUGCGUUCGAUACACCGCAGAGGUCAGUUGAGUCUAGCUCAUCGUUCUUGUACUUACUUCUGCGAUUAGGAUGUCUGUCGUUUUCUAAUUUUGCAACAUCAGUGUACAACAUAACUGAGUUUGCUAGCUUCAAGCAUGCUGAACCGUACGUUGUUCAGAAUUUAAGCCUUUUAGCCUCCCACUGGAAGAUUUCAGACGUGAGAAGCUUGUUCUCUCUAUUCAAAGUUGACAUCAUCAAAUCUUAUUUCUUAAGAGGCGCUACAAUUAAUGAUAUCCCCGUUCACAUUUAUGGAUUUGAGAAUGUCGACACCUUCAUAAAGCAUGAAUACCCCACCGUAGUAGGUGUGGCGAUGUCGUUCGGUCUCCUCGAGACAAAAGAGAUUAUUUCUAGGAGUACCGACCAUUUUACGACUGAAGAUCGUGUUAUUUCUCACUCAGUAGAUGUGGCAGUUGCACUUUCAUUCACUAAGGGUGGAAUCGAAAAUGAAAUUUUUGCCUUUAAAAUGUCUGACAAGGGCGGGUUUUCCCAAGUUUUGCAAGUUCAUCGACUCGAAAUCAUUUUAUUCAUCGUGAGACUGACGGCUAUUUUUGAUGACAACUCGAUCAAAGGUUUACUUACUAGAGAGAAAAGCGACAAGUUUUCAUCUCUCUUUUCAUCUGUGAAUAUGAAAAGCAACGGUAAUGAAACCUCAUCCAUACCUAUCAACACAGCAGUACAAACUAUUCAGCGGUUGUACAACGCUCAUGAUAAGAGCUCAGUAUGGCUGCCAGAGAACGUGUACUUUCUUGUGAGAAGACUCUUUGUUGAAAUGAAUGAGUAUCAGAUUCCCGAAAGGAAGUUGAAGCUUUUUAGGCAAAUCAAAUUGGUCUUGUUGCUAAGCGACGAAGGAGAUCCAUGCGACAAGUUGAAGGUACUCUUGGUCAAAAUUUGCAACCACAUGAUCAGGGUCAAAAAUUCAUUUAGUGAAGUUCAUGCUAUGAUGAUUUGGAUCAACGUUGGUGGCUUGUCACUUCUGAGCUCCGUUUUAUUUAUCAAAGAAGUGAUGUUGUUUCUUAGAAACAUGCUAAGGUUUGACCCUCAUGCACAGAUGUCCCUGACAUUCAUGAGCAACUUGAGGACUCUUAGUGCUUUAUUGUACGACGAUGGUCUUACUUUGCUUUUUUCUGCUGUUCUAGAUGUCAUUGCAAAGCAAGAGAUACCACUUUCCGGCAAGAACCUAGAGUUGUACAUUCAUCAAUCCUUGAAUUGUGGUGUUGGUGUUGAAAACAUCUUCCGCUUUAGCGAAUGUCUAAUAGAGAAGGCGACAAAAGAACCUUUUGCAUUGUACAGCAAUAUCGCUGAGGCAUUGUUGACCUUACCUCAUUCCUCCGAUUAUUCUGACCAAUUUCGUUCAUGGAGUGCGGAUUAUCUUGCUUCCUUCUAUCUUGGUGGCUCCCUUAUCGACAUCAAGCCAUUUGGUUCAGUUCAAGCAAAAAAUUUUGAGUUUCAUGAUGAUUUCAUCCGCAACGUUUCCACUCUUUCACACACUAUCAGGCAAGCUGCAAAGUAUUGUCACGAUUUGAAUCCAAGGACAGCGGGUGCUGCCGAGCUUUUCAUUGGAGGAAUUGUCACGGAGAAAGGUGAAGUUUCGAAACUGAUAAUGGAUAUGAAAGACAUCGUGCUGUGUAUCAAGCCAAUUGACUACCCUACAAUUCUCAAGUUUACAAGGGAUCCACCCCAGUUUACAAGUGAGGUCGGUUUUGUCUCUUGUAUAAAAGAGUUCCACACCUAUACUUCGUUCGAGCUAUGGCUCGAUAACAUAAUCACUCUGAUCCUAGAUGAAACUGUCAGCGGAAGCCCGUUUGCAGCAUACCUAGCAGCCUUCAUCAAAGAAGUACCAGAAUUCAAGACAAACUUGUUUCCCCACUUGAUUCUAAAUUACGUUUAUUCUUAUGAGGAAGGAAGAAACAACGCAUUGAAUUUAAUCAAUACCGUUUGUGGUACCUUUCAUCAAAACUUCAAUGAACUUGAUAGCCGCAGGUGUGCAGAACUUAUGUUGGAAACGGUACUUUUAAUUCGAACUGGCUCUAUCAAGAAGGUGUCUCCAUUCCCAGAACUAUACACUGCACUCAAUAAGGCGAUGCUUUAUCGAUACUGCGCUGAAUAUCAUAUGCCCAAACCAGCCUUAUUGUUUUCUGAAGAGUUGAAAACGAGUAUGAAACAUUGGUCAAUCGAUACGGCCCACAUCCAUGACAUCUAUGCACAAAUAGACUGUCUUGACUUGUUGGCAGGAAUUCCUAGUAGCACCUCGUUUGGUUCUGUGUUGAGUCAUUUCUACAAAGGUGGAACAGACGGAGAUAAAUUUCAAUACGGUACGGGACUUUUGGAUACUGAUAUAAUUCUAUCAUCGUCCCUGAAUCAGGACAUGAAGCUGAAUUUUGUGUCUUCAGGUUAUCUUGGUCUAGCUAAAAUUGUGAGUCAAAACCAUCAUAAAGAAGAACAACCAGGAAUUUCUGAGGCUGACUACGAAUGGUCGUGGAAACUAAAUACGUGGUCCUUACCUACACUGGACUCUACCAAGGAACAUGCCACUAUCUAUCGCACUUUGAAGCAUAUAAAGGAAUCGCCCACUGAAAUCGAACAAAUUUGCCAGAGAAGUCUAGUUGAAAUUUGGAAACAACGUCCAAAUGUUCAGGCUUCAGGUUUGGGACUAAGUGAGUAUACGAAGAGUUGGCUUCGUCUAUUAGCUACAAUGAAAGGAAUAUCAACAAUAUCCAGCUCAGAUUUGACUGCGAUAGAUGACUUCGCUUCAACUACUGGUUGGUUUAAAGAUUCCGAAACUAGCGAUGCAGAGAACAUAUUGUUAUCGAGAAGCAUAGCAUUAAUGUUGAGCGGGACUGCAGCUGAACCAUCUUCACAACAGCUAGAAAAUGUCUUCAUUGCAACCAUUCACGAACUAUCUCGCUAUGUUGCUUUGACCCGGUCGAACGAGCAAAAACCACAAAUGAUUCGCAGCACUCUUUUGAUUAGCAGGAUGAUUGAAAGCAGAAAAGAUAGUGCUUAUCAGGAGCAGCUUGUUAAUCUUGCAAAGUUCGAAUCUGCUCGCUCACUCUGGAACCAAGGCGAGACUCAAUUCCCACUUGCUAUUGCCAAAGAAUUAGCUCAUACUGAUAUCACUACGCCUUUUCGAAAGACAAGCUAUUCGCAAUCUUAUAUCACAUCAGUGUUAGUAUCGUGGCUUUCAGAAUCAAAACACGAUCUUCCCGGAAACAUCAUGGCUGAUCAUGUUGAAAGGGCAGCGAGAGAAGCACGUAGCAAUGGCGAUCAACGCCAAGCUGAAAUAUUUCGAACGUUUGGAAAAUUUUGUGAAAAAGAGAGUCGAUCAGUUAACCUCAAUGAUGGAAUCGCAAAGUUAGAGAAGCAAGUGAAUCACAAGAAGAGCGAAAUAGACGAGCUCAAGGACCACUAUGGCAAGACUGCGGUAUCAGCAGCCGAAAAGAAAAGUGUACAGCGCUAUUAUUCAAAGCUCAAGGCUCUGCACAUUGCUGACUUGGAAAACUUGGAGGCUUUAAGAUCACAAAGAAGCAUGUUUUCACGGAAAGCUGCGCAAUUUUACUUGUGGACGAUGCGGGCAGACCAACAUAAUUCAGAAGACUCAGAUUCCUUCUUUUCCGUAUGGUUGAAUUUAUCUGAGGAAGACGAUUUUUGCCUCGAAUUGGAACUGGCUUUACUGGAAAUCCCCAGCUUUCAAAUUGUAAGUUGGUGCACUCAGCUUAUGUCUAGAUUGUCCACUGAGAAUACCCCCUUUCAGUCUCUCAUACAGCAGCUUGUAUUCCGAGUCUGUAGAGACCAUCCUUACCACUCCAUUUACGGCUUGAUCUCCCUAAGAAAGCAUGCAAAGUACGCUAAUGAAGAUGUCAACCCUUCUAUGGCUCCAAAAACAAGCGCCGCAAAUGAAGUAUGGUACAAGUUGCAGAAGAUCAAUGACAACAUGAGCGAAGUACAAAGGUACGCUGACGAGUUUGCUGACAAUAGCGUCAAGUUGGCAGAACAUAAAGUCAAGCGAGGUAAAACUGUUGAUCUUGGGUCUUUGAGUAUUGGCGAUUAUUGGAUUCAUCGACUUCCUGCGAUUCCCUCCCCAGCGAUGACGGUUCCAAUUGACUACACAUGCAAGUACGAAAACGUUGUAUUCAUGAAAAGCAUUGACGGUAACAUAUCAGUGGCAGCAUCUGGGUUGAGUCUUCCGAAAAUUGGCAAAUUUCUUCUUUCUGACGGAACUUAUCACCGGGCACUUUUCAAGUCAGGUACUGAUGAUUUAAGACAAGAUUCUAUCAUGGAACAAGUUUUCGAAAAAGUUAACACAAUCUUAGAGAAAGACUCAGCUACCAGAAAGCGAAGUCUUCGAGUAAGAACAUACAAAGCCAUUCCAUUGGGACCUAAGGCAGGUGUCAUUGAGUAUGUUCCUAACUCGGUAGCGUUGAUUGAUAUCAUCAAACCGUACCAUCUCAAACAUGAUAGUAUCAAAGCAGAAAAGGCACGAGAACAAAUGAAGUCGUGCCAGAACAGCAGCAAUAGCGAAAGAAUUGAGGUUUUCAAGUCCAUCAAGAACAAGGUCCAGCCGGUGCUCAAAGAGUUUUUCGCUGACACGUUCUCAGAAGUCGAGAAUUGGUUUGAAAGCAGAGUCUUGUACACACGAGGAAUCGCUACCACAUCGAUUGUAGGGUACGUUCUUGGUUUGGGAGACAGACACUGUAAUAAUAUUUUGCUUGACAAAGAAAGUGGUGAGCCAAUUCACAUUGAUUUAGGAGUUGCGUUUGACCAGGGAAAGAAGUUGCCGAUUCCAGAAACAGUUCCCUUCAGACUUACGCGAGACAUAGUUGAUGGUUUUGGAAUAAGUGGUGUCGAGGGAAUUUUCAGAAAAUCGUGUGAACAUACCUUUAGAGUGAUGCAAUUGCACAGCGACCACAUUUUGGUGAUCCUAGAUGUGUUGAGAUGGGAUCCACUAUAUACAUGGAGCAUCUCGCCAAUUCGAAGAAAGCAUCUUCAACAAGAGGCAGACGUUGGAAAUAUCAAGUUGCAGCCAUUAGACGAUGUAUCGGAAGCCGGCAAGGCUAUAUCCACAGUUGGCGAAAAACUCUCUGGAAGAGGACUUAGCGUGGAGGCUACUGUCCAGACGCUCAUUAAUGAGGCUACCAACGAUGAAAAUCUUGCUUUAAUAUACUGUGGUUGGUGCCCAUUUUUUUAG